AUGCCCGCUGCGCCUCACCCAACUCCAGGGGCUUUACCAAUGGGGGAUGCAUUCAACAUGCGCCAUCCCUUAACUGGUGGAGGAAUGACGGUGGUGCUGUCCGAUAUUGUUCCUGUGGCGUCCACAAUCAAUUCACUGGCAGGUGCCCUGUAUAAAGUGUUUUGUGCUUCACCUGAUCAAGCAAGGAAAGAAAUGCGCCAGACAUGCUUCGAUUACUUGAGCCUUCGAGGUUUUUUCUCAAUGGGGCCGGUAUCUUUGCUCUCUGGGUUGAACCCUCGGCCAUUGAGCUUGGUUUGCCAUUCUUUUGUAGUGCCAAUAUUUGGUGUUGGCCGUUUGUUGCUGCCUUUUCCCUCACCCAAACGUCUGGAUUUCUUCGUCAUAAGUCCAAGUUCCUGCCAAAGUGGAGAAGAGGUUUGA